GCUCGAUGCAGCGGCCUCCGCGGAGGAGCUUUCUUCGGUCCCGGCCGCCGCCGCCGCCUCCUCCCCUGCCGCCGCCGCCAAUCGAUGCGCUCAGGGCUCCGCGCGCCAUUUUAGGGGGAGAGCGAGGGAGGCAGAAGGAAGGGUCGGCCCCUCCAAGGCAUUCCUUGCUCACAAUGUAUAGAACAAAAGUCAGUUUGAAAGACCGUCAGCAACUUUAUAAACUGAUAAUUAGUCAGCUGCUAUAUGAUGGAUACAUAAAUAUUGCCAAUGGCUUGAUAAAUGAGAUAAAACCACAAUCAGUCUGUGCACCAUCUGAACAACUGCUGCACCUAAUUAAGUUAGGAAUGGAGAACGAUGACAGUGCUGUUCAAUAUGCAAUUGGACGGUCAGAUACGGUAGCUCCAGGCACAGGAAUUGACUUGGAAUUUGAUGCAGAUGUACAGACCAUGUCUCCUGAGGCUUCUGAAUAUGAGACUUGUUAUGUCACAUCUCAUAAAGGACCGUGUCGUGUAGCUACGUAUAGCAGAGACGGACAGUUAAUAGCUACAGGAUCUGCUGAUGCCUCAAUAAAAAUUCUUGAUACAGAGAGAAUGUUGGCCAAAAGUGCUAUGCCUAUUGAGGUCAUGAUGAAUGAGACAGCACAGCAAAACAUGGAAAAUCACCCUGUUAUUCGGACUCUGUACGAUCAUGUGGAUGAAGUUACGUGUUUAGCUUUUCAUCCAACAGAACAGAUCCUAGCAUCUGGUUCAAGGGACUACACACUUAAAUUGUUUGAUUAUUCAAAACCUUCUGCCAAAAGAGCCUUCAAAUAUAUACAGGAAGCAGAGAUGUUGCGCUCAAUUUCUUUUCACCCUUCUGGAGAUUUCAUACUUGUUGGUACCCAGCACCCUACUUUACGACUGUAUGAUAUCAAUACUUUCCAGUGUUUUGUGUCUUGCAAUCCUCAAGAUCAGCACACUGAUGCUAUAUGUUCGGUAAAUUACAACGCAAGUGCAAACAUGUAUGUGACAGGAAGUAAGGAUGGAUGCAUCAAACUGUGGGAUGGUGUUUCAAAUCGCUGUAUCACUACUUUUGAGAAGGCGCAUGAUGGAGCUGAAGUCUGUUCUGCUAUUUUUUCCAAAAAUUCAAAGUAUAUCUUGUCAAGUGGAAAAGACUCUGUAGCUAAACUAUGGGAGAUAUCCACUGGUCGAACACUGGUCAAAUACACAGGAGCUGGUUUGAGUGGACGACAAGUACACAGGACACAAGCUGUCUUCAACCACACAGAAGAUUAUGUGCUGCUUCCAGAUGAAAGGACCAUAAGUCUCUGCUGCUGGGAUUCAAGAACUGCUGAACGGAGAAAUCUUCUUUCUCUGGGGCACAACAGCAUCGUCCGUUGUAUUGUCCAUUCUCCUACCAAUCCUGGCUUCAUGACCUGCAGUGACGACUACAGGGCUAGAUUUUGGUACAGAAGGUCAACGACAGACUAAGGACAGCUUUACAAAACAGUGAUUAUCCAGAUUCAUUAUAUCAUCUUGUAUUGAUUGUACUGCCAACAGAUGCCUAGAUGAAAGCCGUGCUGUGUCUGUUUUUUAAUUCUGUCAAACGUGGCAGAAAAAGAUCAAAGUACUGAGACUAAGUUUUGCCCCACGCUAAUUUUUUUUAUUAGUGUGUGUGGCAUUAAUUUUCGUAAGUCAUCUCUAAUUGUACUCAAGGAGUGUGUGGGGGAGAAUAAAAUGAUCCUUGCAGGAAGGAUUAAACUUGUUCUCCUGUCUUUCUAAAUCCCGCGAAAGAUAAUGUGACUGUAUCUUGCUCAAACUGGGCAGUAUGAGCCAGUUUUGCUCUGCAUUGUAUCUGUGCAAUCCCACUGAAGUCUGUUUAAAGAAUGGAUUACACAAGUAACAGCAGAACUUGGCAAAUAUUUAACAGCAGAACUUGGCAAUUAUUUUAAUGAAGCCUUAAGCUGCCUUCAGUUCCGAUUCAUUCUUUGUAAAGCUGUUUUGUAUCUUUUAGUCUGGGGGUUUUUUGGUGGAAUUUUUUUUUUUUUUUUAAUUGGCCAAGUGGACCUUCAAUUCUGAGCCAGUCUUGUGCCAUAAGAAUUUGAAACAGGAUUUUAAAUUGUUUAGAUGAAUUCAAGAAAUGGUGUUCUAGUUCUGGUAUUAAAGCUCAGACUUGAAAUCUCGUCUUCUUUUGAAUUUAUCUUAAUGAGUGGGACCUCAAAGUAAAUUCAUAGUUUUUUCAAGGAGUAUCCACAUUGCAACUGUAAAAUGUGACAGUGCUGCAGCAUGUGAAAAUGAGAAUAAUUUUGCCAUAGAGACCUUUUGUAUCCUCUCAAAGAAAGAAACUGUUGUGCAUAUUAAUUUUUGUAUAUGUACCUCAGAAAUGUCACUUUGCUUCAUUUUAUUGAGGAAUUUUCAUUCUAUAAGUCUGUUACACAGCACUUGAAUUACACUCUUUUUUUAUUAUUAUUAUUCAAAAACCCAGACUCAUUAUUUCUUCUCCCUGUUAUCUCUAAUAGUCCAAGUUUCCCAGACCUCAUCUGAUUCAACAGAAGUACAGAUCAUUAAGAAACUCUGUGCUUAAACAUUCUGUAAGUUUGAAAAUUCACUACUUAUCUUUACAGGUAGUUGCCUGUGCAAAGUUUUAAAUGUGUUUGUUCAAGCAUCCUUGUACAGUGCUCCUGGGCUUCACAUUUGGGAGGCUUCCUGUAGUCAAAAGCUCAGCACUUGCUUUCAUGAGGAUUUUUAAAUGUAAGAUUGUUCUUACUGCUGGAUUAACUUUCCAUUACCACUGAUGAAGUGUCUUGUCAAGGGCUGAGGAGGGUACAGGUUUUGUCUGUAUUUAAAUAAAGAUUACCUUUUAAGAGGUUAUUUAAUAU